UGAGCUAAAGUUGUACUUUCACUUUCUGACAAUCAGGAGAAGCUUCUCCGGGACGAGCAGAGCUUCCUGGAAAACGAAACUAGACGUCGUCGUUGCUGUUUGUGACACUCCUUGGAUCGUAGAUGUAGUUAUUUAACAUCUUUUGGUGGAGAUAUUGACAACUCGUAGCCAUUGGCGUGUAAAAGUUUUAACCGCUAACCGUCAAAACCGUCAAACACGCAGGUAGCGUCGUUUCACCAGCUAGCUGCAGCGGCUAGCGCCCGCUAGCAUGGACGGCGGCGGACACAUGCAUAAUGCGGAGAGGGCAGCGGAGAAAUCGAUGGAUGAGUACCUGAAAUCAUUAGGUUUGCAUCGGAAGAAGAUUGCCAAAGAUGGGUCGUGCUUAUUCCGAGCUGUCGCCGAGCAGGUGCUACAUUGCCAAAGCCUUCAUACUAAAGUUCGUGCCAAAUGUGUGGAGUUUCUGAAGCAGAACAGAGAGACCUAUGAGGCGUUCAUUGAAGGUGACUUUGAGGAUUACCUGUGCAAGCUGCAGGACCCUCAGCAAUGGGUGGGAGAAGUGGAAAUCAACGCGCUGGCCGUCAUGUACAAGAGGGACUUCCUGAUCUACCAGGAGCCGGGCAGAACUCCCGUCCAGAUCACAAACAACAACUUCAAGGACAAGGUGCAUUUGUGUUUUCUCAAUGGGAAUCACUACGACAGUGUUUAUCGCAUCAACCACAUUAAGAACGCCGCUCUCUGCCAGUCCAUCCUGUACGAGGUGCUGUACGACGGCGUGUUUAAGGUGGACCGCAACUCUCUGGGUGCGUGUCAGCGAUUACCACGAUCCAACGACCUCCUGAGCGACGACAGCAUGGCGUUCUGCAACAGCAGCGACGAGUCCGACCUGGAUGCAAACGAGGCGCUCAGGGUGGAAACUGCAACAAACACUUCUACAAGACACAACAGCUACAGGGGGCGUGGGCGUGGCCGGCUGCUGCCAGAGAGGGUGAGGCGUUCACUGAACCCGACUCUGUUCAGAAACAUAGAGUACGACGUCUGGCACAAGUCCAAGAGAGCCCAACAGAAGAUCGAUUACUGCAUCGCUGCUGGGAUGCAAUACACUGCAGGAGACCGCUGCCAGGUUCGCCUUGAGGGUCGGCACUACAACGCAACCAUCAAGGAAGUUCCUCCCAACAGCAACAAGGUGGUGGUUUACAUAGAAGAACUGGGCAACAGACACGUCCCUCUGUUGACUCUCCGUCCUGCCGGUGAGGAAGGCAGCUGGAGCACCGUGGUCAACAAGGACAAGAGGCUCAGCAACGGAUAUGGAGAGUGGGAGGAGAAGGGUAAAGGCAGAGGCAGGGGGAAGUCCGUCCCAUCAUCCUCCUCCUCCGUCCCCCAGGCUACGGCGCCGGGCUCCAGUGGGCGUGUGUUGAAGCAGCACUCGUGGCCCCCACAGGCCAGCGCCGAGGAGCAGGGAGGGGCCAAAACCAGCAGGAAGUCCGUGAGCUCGGCGGAGUCGGCGUUGUUCGGCCUGACGGAGGAGCAGCGUUUGGCCAAAGAGGAGGAGGAGAGGAACGUGGCGUUGGUGGAGAUCCAGCUCAGAGACGAACACAGCUUCCCCGCCCUCGGGACUCAGACUGGGACGCAGGGUGAUGGAGGGAAGAGAAAGGGAGGAGAGAAGAGAAGACCCCAGAGAAACAAGACGAAGAGUCCAGUCGAAGACGUGCGAGCAGCGUCUCCCUCCGCUGGAGACAGACCCAAAUCCUCCACGCCUCCACCCACCGCCACUACUGCACCUACUGCACCUACUACAGAUACUACUACACCCCCCAACCCCCCCAACCCCCCCCCGCCUGCUGCCAAACCUGCUGCUGCUCCGGCUGCAAACUCUGACUCCGGCCCGGCGUGGUCCAGCUCGCUCAACACUGCAGCACCGGCCUCCACCUCCACCUCCACCCUUCCACCCGCCUCUGCUGCUCUGACGGCUAAAGCUAACGCACAGUCUUAUGCUUCAGCUGCUGGAGGUGCAACGACUUCUCCUCCUCCUCCUCCUCUUCCUCCUGCUGCUGCUGCUGCCGCCCCGAGCACUAAACCCUCUGUGACGGGUGCUGCUCCUCCUCCCUCCGUCCCCUCCUCCGCCACCAUCUUCUCCUUCAUCACCCCUGCUCUCCCCUCUGCAGCAUCGCCCCCAGCUCCACCCGCCCUCUCCUCUUCCUCUCCUCGCCCCACCUCCUCUUCUUCCUCACUUCCUCCUAAAUCCACUGCCUCCCCUCCGCCUCCCUCUUCAGUGCCACCUCCCACUUUCAUCGCUCCCAUCGCUCCCUCUCCUGUCGCUGCUCAGGGCUUCCUCCCUCCCUCCUCUCUCCACCGUUCCCCCCCGCCUGUCCACUCUCUCCCCCACUCCCCCAGUCCACCCACCUCCUCUUCCUCCUCCUCCUCCUCUCUUGUCCAUCGUGCUGCUCAAGUCCAAGAUCCUCCAGCAGCUCCAGCACAAACUGCAAGUUCUUUGCCGAGUUUUGGAUCCUCUCUGACGACAUCUCAGGUCUCGCUGACCCAGGACGUUCAGCCGCCGCCUCCUCCCCCGAACGUCCAGACUCAGAGUGCGGCUCCUCUCCCCCAGGUGCAGACAGAGGCCCCGCCCUCUCUUCCUCACCUCCAGCAUCAGCCACAGACCCUCGCUGAAGUGGCUCUCCCUCCGCCGCAAAACCAGAUCCAGGCGUCCCUCCCUCAGACCCAGACUCAGGUCCAGUACCCCCCCCAGUCUGAGAUGGUUCAGUCCUCUCACCCUCCUCCAGGAGCUUCCUACCCCCACACCUGCCAGGCCUCCGUCUCUGCCCCCGCUCAACCACAGCCCUCAGUCACCCACGCUCAGCCUCCUCCCCCCUCCCAACUCCCGCAUCCCUCCCUCUCUGUCUCCGCCCCCCCGAUCCAUCCCUCUCUCCAAACCGAGACCCCCAACAUCCAGAAUCAAACAGAAGCCCCUCACCCUCCACCCCAGCCCGAGUCCCCGGCUCAUCCUCCUCACCCCCAGGUAGUCUCCGCACAUCCCCCUCCCCCUCCUCACCCCCAGUCCAUCCCAGGAGCUGUUCCUCUACAGAAGCUGUCCCAGCUCUACCAGGACCCCCUGUACCCCGGGUUCCCCCACGGAGAGAAGGGCGACAUGGUGCCGACUCCCCCCUUCUCCUCCAGCAAGUCGGGCGACGACCUGCCCCAAGAUGUCAACAUCCUGAGGUUUUUCUUCAACCUGGGAGUCAAGGCGUACUCCAUGCCCCUGUUCACCCCCUACAUAUACCUCCUCCCCCUCCAACAGGCCUACGCCAUGCACCAGAGGAUCCCCUCCCGCUCCUCCUCCCCAACCCACCACUUCCCUCCCUCCAACGCCCCCGCCAGCCACCAGGAGGCGUACCCCCAGUACCCUCCCGCUUCGGCGUCGGUGCUGCAUCAGUACGACCACCAAGCCGCACCCGCUGAGCCCCCCCGUCCCAGUGAACCGUCCUUCAACCAGGCCAGGUACCCCGUCACCCAGCCUCCGCCCCACAGGAUGCCCUGCACCUCGCUGCCAUGGCAACAGCACCAGAUGCCCCCACCCAGAAGCUCCAACUACGCGUAUCCCACUCCACCAUACCCAGUUCACCCUCCUUCGUCUCAGGGGUACCACCAGAGUCAAGGCCCAGGACACCCGAUGUACCCCCCGCCCAUGCCUCCAUACCCCCCAUCCUCGCUGGGAUACCAGUCCUCGUCCACCCCCGAAGAGCUCCAGGUGAGUCAGGGGCUGAUGGAGCAGCUUCAGCCCGUCAACGGAGACACGAUGCUCGGGCACGGGCCUGGACGAGUCCCCUGUUCUCUGGAGGGUCCGUCUGCUGCUAACAUGGCUAACGCUAACAACAACAGAACAAUGGUGGUUCCAAGCAGCUUCGCGAUGAAGAAGCCGCAGGGAGAGAGUUUGACUAAAGCCGUGCUGCUGGUGGAUCCACCACUCAACAACAGACCGAUAGUCGCUCUGGUCUCUGACGCCUCCGACAUCCCCGUCUCCAUGGUGACCAUGAAGCCCGGCAGCAGCCCCGGCUCUCCGUCACCUUACAUCUCCAAGACGAACGUCUCCGGCGACAACGGCACCUACCGGCUCCACCAGAAACCAUUCAACCCCAACAAGCACCUGUCGUCGAUGCCCAUGGUGGAGGUUCUGUCGGUGGGCUGCAGCACGGAGGACGAGUGGGACGAGAUGGAGGGAUUCAAACCGCAAACCCACAACCUCAGAGGGCCGAGGAGGGGCUACAGAGGGAGGGGGAGGGGCGGGAACAGGAGGAGGCCGGGAGGAGAGGCGGGGCCGGGGUAUAACCACAGUCCGUUUGUGUCCUCACACAGGGGGCGGGGCUGGUAAAAAAGGCUACAAGCUGUCAGCCAAUGAGAGGAGAGGACGCAAGAAGAUUGUUUUUUUUUUUUGUUUUUCCUUCUUUGCCUUUUCAUGUUCUCGCCGGAGCUCGUUUGGUUUCAACUCGCUCUUAAUCGCACUUUUUCUGUCUUUUGUCUUGGUUUUUUUUUUUCUCGUCACCACCUAGAGAUCUGAUUGGUUGAUCGGUCCGUCGUCUCCGUAAAUCAUCACGGCGUCUUCUGCGCCACAUUCUGAGGUGGGGGGGGGUCAUAAACUCUAUUCGUGUGCUUCGGUGUGUCGAAAUCCUCCGGCUCGUGGAAACAAAAACACUAUCGAUCUCAUUAUUAGCUAGCUAAUUAGCUUAGCAUGUUAGCAAGUGCGAGUUUACAUGUCAUUUUAAAUCUCUCAGCAGUUGCACAUGGAUUUAAAGAACUGAAGGGUGUGUUUUUCGAGUGGAGCUGCAGCGAUUCAUCGGUUUAAAGUCGUUUGCCAAGAAAAUGUUGGAAAAUUGUGAAUAAUUUUCUUAAAAACGACUCGUAACAAUUAGUUGCGGAUCAUUUUUGUCACUCGACUUCAUCAACUAAUCGCUGCGACUCUUGUUUUGUGGAUUUCAAACAUCUUCAGUAGAGCUGCGUGUGAUUUGCCGCCAUGUCAAUGUGACGUUAGGUUAAAAACUGUGGAGUUUUCACACUCGUGAUUUUUAUUUGACGUGUCAUCAAACUGCAUUUUACUUUAAAGGAAUAGUUUAGACAUUUUCGGGGAUGUUUUCUCUUUUCUGCUCAGAGUUGGAUGAGAAAGUCGAUACCAGCAUCACGUAGGGUAAAUAUGAUAGCAGCUAGCAGCCAGUUAGCUUAGCUUAGCAUAAAAACAGCCCAGGCAAGAAAUAAUACAUCAUAAAAAUACAAAUUGUCCUUUUUAUGCUUCAGCUUUGUAUAUACUCAACAAAUCAGAUAUAACGCGGCUACCUGAUUCCCCCUUUCCAGUCUUUAUGCUAAGCUAAUGUAGCAUAUUGAGCUUACAGACAUCCAUUUUCUCAUCUCACUCUGCAAGAAAACAAAUAAUUCCCCUGAAUGUUGAACAGAUGAAGUUUCAUAUUUUCUGGCAUCCCUCGAACGCAGCUCGUCCACCGACCACCAGGCAUGGAAACACAUAUCAGUAAAAAAGCAUCAACCAAGUGAAGUGAUCUCUUCUUCCCAGGGUCUGUUAGCACUGCGAGCUUGAAACAAACUUUGUUUUAAGAGGAUUAAAGCAACAAAAAAAAAAAAAAAAAUCAGAUGAAAUCUGAUCUGAGAACAGCUUUAAGAGUUGUACUUGCUGCUACAAAACCACAGCAGCCAAACUGUGCGUGUGUGUGUGUGUGUGUGUGUGUGUGGACUUUGUUUAGAUUUGUAUUUUUUACUUGUUUGUGUUGCUGCUGGUUCACGUUUGUCUUCUUUCCUUUCCCUCUGAUCGACUUCAGACUGUAGAGAUUCAGUGCCUUACGUUUGCUACUUUUACCGUCUUAUUUCUUUUCUUUUUGAGAAACACUGCUGUACAGAACAAAGGCUGUUUACUGGUGUCUGUGUGACAAUAAUAAAACUUUGGUUCAGA